AUGACCACAUGGGCUGCUGGAGGGAGUACGGCUGUCACUGCCUGGGCCACCUCUGGGUCUUUGUUUAGGUCUGGCUCUGGGUCCAGGUUUAGGUCUGGCUCUGGCUCCAGCUUUAUCUCUAGGUCCUUCUUUUCCAGCCUGUCCCUGUCUCUGCUGCUAGCACUGCUGCUCACCCUUUCCCUCCCUGUGGUUGUCUGCCAUCAACCUCUCUACAGUGGCAGGCUCCAGCCAACCAGCCCCAGGCUCCAGUUCCCCAGCCUCCAGCCCCCCAGCCCCCAGUCCCUCAGCCCCAGCAGCCCUCUUAGGACGCCAGUGAACAGUUCCCUGGCUGCAUCCAGGGUUGGAGAGACUAGGGAAACUGGAGGUCCCUUGGAAAGUAUUGGGGUUCCGCUGGGGAGGCACGUACGCAGCUACAACCACCUGCAGGGAGAUGUGCGGCGGAGGAAGCUCUUCUCCUUCCAGAAGUUCUUCCUGCGGAUCGAUACGAAUGGCAGAGUUAAUGGGACCAAGAGCAAAGACGACCCCCUCAGUAUUCUGGAGAUCACGUCGGUGGAUGUGGGGGUGGUGGCUAUCAAAGGCCUGGGCAGUAACUAUUACCUGGCUAUCAGCAGGAAGGGUGAGCUGUACGGAGCGAGAGAGUUUGGCAUUGACUGCACACUGAAGGAGCGUAUUGAGGAGAAUGGCUAUAACACCUAUGCCUCAGCCGAGUGGAGGAACAAGAAGAGACAGAUGUUUGUGGGCCUGAGUGUCCACGGGAGGCCACUGAGAGGGAAGAAAACACGGAGGAGAAAUAUGGCCACCCACUUCCUCCCCAUCAUGGUGUGAUGAAGAAGAGCGUUUCACUGGACUAGACAUACCCUGUGGGAGAGCUAUUCAACACUGAGCAAUCUUUCAAAUAAAGAUUUUUUUUAAAUGUACUCUAAUCUGGACAGAGAGCAUCUGAACUAUACCAUUUAUAAAAGACAUAUAUUCUCUAAGGAAGGUAAUUAACUGUGCGUAUACUCCCUGCUUUUGACUUUCGUUGAGAUGGUUUAUUGGUUUGGGGAUGUACAGUGCUUUCUAUGGCACAGGGUGAAAUUUGAAUCCUAUUCUGUGCCAAACCAUUGGAAAGAUGUGGACUGUCCUUCGGACUGUCCUUCGGGUGUGACAUGUGGGAACAAAGUAGGACGUUGUUUCACACACUGAGUGGAUGAAGUGAGGAAGCACUGGUUUUGUGUAUACAAAAAAAGAAUUUAACUGUUGUUCAUGGUCCUCAAUCUCAUUUCAAUGAUCUGAACAUUCUUAAAUGAAGAAGAAGGCCUAACAGAUCGGUAAGUGCAGGAAAAAAUAUAUAUAAUUGAGCAAGAUCCUAGUGGUCAUGAGAUCUUGGAACCAUAUCAAAAGUGAAUACAGUGAAAGAAAAAACUAAUGUAUGAUACUUAACCACUGAGUUUUGACUGUGUUUAAGUAAAUUAUUUAUUUUGUGUAAUAUUUAACUGGAGGUGGAAAGAAGGUGAACAUUUCAUUGCAUUCUUUACACCUUAUGUCUUUGAAGUAAAUUAAAUAAAUGUGCUAUUUCCUCCUCGGUA